AUGAAGCUCUCGUACCAUCAUGCCUGGAUGAAAAGCAUUCGCCGAAACCACAGUCUCACUUUUGUUCGCGACAAAUCUUACGUCGCCUAUGGUUGCCAUUUCUUCGCAGACUAUACUGCAUCCAGCAUGAUCAGUAACGCUCAAUGGGGUCUGCAGUCGACGGUACGCAUGGGCCUGCAUUACAUGGGCCUUCUCGAGCUUCCUACAAUGCAGAAUGUGCUAUAA